AAGAUGGGGAAGAAGAGCCGAGUGAAAACUCAGAAGUCAAGUACAGGAGCCACGACAACAGUAUCUCCAAAGGAAAUGUUGAAUCUAAUUAGUGAAUUAUUACAAAAAUGCAGCAGUCCUACCCCAGGCCCUGGUAAGGAGUGGGAAGAGUAUGUGCAAAUUCGUUCCUUAGUGGAGAAAAUACGCAAGAAGCAGAAAGGUUUGUCCAUUGUCUUUGAUGGGAAGAGAGAUGACUAUUUUCCUGAUUUGAUAAAAUGGGCUACUGAAAAUGGAGCAUCCACAGAGGGUUUUGAAAUAUCUAACUUUAAAGAAGAGGGUUUUGGUUUGAAGGCAACAAGAGAGAUAAAGGCUGAAGAGUUGUUUCUGUGGGUUCCAAGAAAGCUAUUGAUGACAGUUGAAUCAGCUAAAAAUUCAGUAUUAGGGUCGCUGUACUCUCAAGAUCGGAUUCUUCAAGCCAUGGGCAAUAUAACCUUGGCCUUCCAUCUUCUUUGCGAGCGAGCCAACCCCAGCUCUUUCUGGCUGCCCUACAUCCAGACUCUCCCCAACGAGUACGAUACUCCACUCUAUUUUGAAGAAGAUGAGGUGCAGUAUCUUCAGUCAGCUCAGGCCAUACAUGAUGUUUUUAGCCAAUAUAAAAACACAGCUCGACAGUAUGCCUAUUUCUACAAAGUUAUUCAGACCCAUCCUAAUGCCAGCAAACUGCCCUUAAAGGAUUCUUUCACUUAUGAUGACUACAGAUGGGCAGUUUCUUCUGUUAUGACACGACAAAACCAAAUUCCAACAGAAGAUGGUUCCCGCGUUACCUUGGCUCUGAUACCCUUAUGGGACAUGUGUAAUCACACCAAUGGAUUGAUCACUACAGGCUACAACUUAGAAGAUGACCGGUGUGAAUGUGUAGCACUUCAAGACUUCAAGCCUGGAGAACAGAUUUACAUUUUUUAUGGCACUCGGUCAAACGCUGAAUUUGUGAUCCACAGUGGUUUUUUCUUUGAUAAUAAUUCACAUGACAGAGUGAAAAUAAAGCUUGGCGUGAGUAAAAGUGACAGGCUGUAUGCUAUGAAGGCAGAGGUCUUAGCUCGUGCUGGUAUCCCAACUUCUAGUGUUUUUGCCUUGCAUUCCACCGAGCCUCCAAUUUCUGCUCAGCUUCUGGCUUUCCUUAGAGUAUUUUGUAUGAGCGAAGAAGAGCUGAAGGAACACUUGAUAGGCGAGCAUGCCAUUGACAAAAUCUUCACUUUGGGGAACUCCGAGUUUCCCAUUAGCUGGGACAAUGAAGUUAAACUUUGGACGUUCCUAGAAGCCAGGGCAUCUCUUCUUUUGAAAACCUACAAAACAACUAUAGAGGAUGAUAAGUCCUUCUUGGAGACCCACGACCUUACUCCUCAUGCAAUAAUGGCCAUCAAGUUGCGCUUAGGUGAGAAGGAGAUCUUGGAGAAAGCAGUGAAGAGUGCAGCUGCCAGCCGGGAAUACUAUGCCAAGCAGAGGGCAGAUGGAGCUCCCAUUCCUAAAUAUGAAGAGAGUAAUAUUGCCUUGUUGGAGAACACUGUGCCAGAUUCUAGACUGCCUAUUGUCUUGAGAAACCUAGAAGAUGCGGAAGAGCAAGGGGACUUAAAGAUUGAUGAAGCUAUGGAUGCAGAAGUCACGGAGAAUGGGUUUGUAAAUGGUGAAAACUCUCUAUUUAAUGGGACCAAAUCAGAAAGUGAAAAUCUAAAUCAAGAAGAAAACAGCAGAGAGACUGAAGAUGCCAAAGAAUCUUCCUCAGACAGUACUGAUGAGGUUAAAGAAUAGUCCUAAAGUUUUGACUUUCUCGUGAAAUUAAAGUAGCUGAAGUUUAUGAACAGUGCAUUUACGUUGGUGUGUUUCUUUGUUAACAUUUCUCUUUCUGCAGAGGAAAAUGUUUUUGCUGCUUUAUAUAAAAAUGAAUUUUUAAGUUAUUUAAAAGAUUUAGCAUCCCUUUUCAAUUAAGAUUGCCAUCUUGCUUUCAGGCAAAAACUUGGGAAAGAGGUGCCUUUGGAAGAUUUUGCAGCCCUUUGUUGAACCAAAUGUAUUUUCUUCCUGGGGAAGAAUUAAGCUCUUCUAUCUGCUGUCCUUUUGUUGUUCUGUUACUCUGACUACCGAAAUUAAGAGCUUGCUCUGUCUCCUGCCAAGAAAAGCAGAAGGCAGGACUGACUCGGUAUUAAGCAUUAAGGUGGGAGAAUAGUACAGCAGAAAACUGGAUAAGAGGAUCAGAAACUUGGGAGAAUGGAGGAAAACCUGUUUAAAAUCAGGUAUGCCAGUCCAUAAAAGGUAAGGUGGCAACCUUAUGUUCUAUAGAUUAAAUGUUGAUGAGAAUCCAAAUUAUAUACACACAAAGUAAAUUCUGAGGGUUUCAAUUUACUUUUUGUUUAUUGUAUGAAAAUAUCCCAUCUUUCCUCUUCAGUCAGUUAGGCUGCUAAGAUACACCAUUCACCAACUUUUAAAGGCUGACUUUCUUAUUUCCAGGCGGUACCUUUAUUUUUCUACAAGGUUGGCAGUAGAGUUUGAAAGCAGAUAGGCCAAGCCACAGCUUUAAAGUGUACUGUUCAAAGUGAGGUUGCUUCCCAGCUUCGUCCAGCUUUCACAAUUAGCUAGGGUUUUUCAAAGCUAUACUUUUCAACUAAACCAUUAUUAAAAGGAAAAUGUGAUUAAUA